UAGUUAGUGUCAUCACCGUCAUUUUUUUUAGCAAUUUUUAGCGUAAGUUUACCAAGUGCUGUUUUCGUCGUGUAAUUACUUCAGAUUAUUUAUUUCCAUAAAUUUAUAUAAUAAAGUUUGCAGUGUUUGUUUGUUAUUAUCAAUUUAAAAUACUUUUUACACACAAAUAAUGGCUAUACUGACAAAUUUAAUGGGACCCUCAACAAUGCGUUUUUUCCACAAAUCAAGUCUUAUUUCUUGUUCUAAAUGGUACAGCACUGGCAAAGAGCACUACGAUAUAGCUGUGAUAGGUGGAGGCAUAGUAGGUGCUGCUUCUGCAAGGGAGCUAUUAAUGCGUCAUCCCAAUCACAAGAUAGCCCUACUUGAAAAAGAGAACAGAUUUGCCUAUCAUCAGAGCGGCAACAACAGUGGUGUAAUCCAUGCAGGCAUUUAUUACAAACCAGGUUCAUUAAAAGCAAAGUUAUGUGUGAAAGGCAUGGAUAUGUCCUACAAAUAUUUAGACAAACAUGGCAUAAAAUAUGUUAAAUGUGGCAAACUAAUUGUAGCCACUCAGAGAUCGGAAGUGCCCAGAUUGCUUGAAUUAUAUGACCGUGGUUUACAAAAUGGGGUGAAAGACAUACUGUUAUUAGAUGAAAAGGAGUUGAAAGAAAUAGAACCUCAUUGUAAAGGAAUACAAGCUUUAUGGUCUCCGCAUACAGGAAUUGUGAACUGGGGCGAGGUUACUCAAUCAUACGUUAAAGAAUUUCAGAAGGGUGGUGGGAAGACUUAUCUUAACUUUGAAGUUACAAAGUUUGUUGAAGCUGAAGAGGCUGAUUAUCCUGUUAUGAUGAUUGACAGUAAAGGAAAUACUAUACAGGCAAAAUAUGUAUUAACAUGCUGUGGCCUGCAUUCAGACACAGUUGCUGUUCUAACAGGCUGUCCAGAGGAGCCAAAAAUCAUUCCAUUCAGAGGAGAAUAUUUGUAUCUGGUUCCCAGUAAGAGUCAUCUUGCCAAAACCAACAUUUAUCCAGUUCCAGACCCUAGAUUUCCAUUUUUAGGAGUACAUUUGACACCAAGGGUAGAUGGACGCGUGAUAGUUGGUCCCAAUGCAAUUUUAGCUUUCUGUAAGGAAGGUUACAGAUGGAGAGACAUCAAUCUUAGUGAAUUGAAAGACAUUUGUUCUUUUUCUGGUUUUCGAAAGAUGGCCAUGAAAUAUGCAGGAUUUGGUAUCAAAGAAAUGGCAAGAUCUGCAAUAAUGCCAUUACAAGUGAUGCAAGUACAAAAAUACAUUCAAGAAAUUACUUCAGCUGAUGUAGAGAGGGGGCCUGCAGGUGUUAGGGCCCAAGCCAUGGGCAAAGAUGGUACUCUGAUAGAAGAUUUUGUAUUUGAUUCAAAGCCAGGCUCUGGUGCUAUCGGGAGCAGGGUGCUGCAUUGCAGGAAUGCACCUUCUCCUGGUGCAACAUCUUCACUUGCUAUUGCUGAAAUGAUAGCAGACAAAAUGGCAGAGGAAUUCAAGUUAUAGUGUGAAUAUUUUAAUGAAGUAUUCUGUGCUGAAUGAAGCAGUUGUGAUAUAACUAAAUAAUGCCAUGUUCACAUAAUUAGAAAAUUUAUAUUAGGCAUGCUAGGCUUAGUAGUCUAUUCCAAAAAUAAUUUUAAUUAUCUUGUUGAAUAAUUCCUAAUGGCCACCAGUAAUCUGGAUCUAAAGUUAAUGAGGCCUAAUCUAAAAUUAGCUCUGCAGUAGAUCCAGUUAAUUAUUAUAAUCUAAGGACUACACCCCAAUGUACUAGACUACUGGGGUGUUACUUAUGUUGUUGUUACUGACUAGUCUGCCGAGGUGUUAAAUAAUGACCAUUAUGUAUGAGGCUUUGUGCAGUCAUUAGUGCAUUUUAUCUAUUAUGUAUGUAUAAAAUACAUUUGUUUAAUAUUGUAAUUGUUUUAUAUGAUUGUUACAAUUUCAAUAGGUGCUAAUUUUAGUCAUUGUAAGAGUAACUCAAAUUCAUAACAAUACAUAUUUCUUUAUUUUGUAUAUUAUUAUAAUUUGUUAAAUAUAAAUUAUUUACAACUAAUUCAUAA